GAAUAAAACAGCGAAUAUCUGGAUUCUAUAAAUUGAAAUCUGGAUUUGAAAGUGUAGUUUUCUCUGUUUGAUGGUUUGCAUUUGCAUUAACAGUAGCUUACCAUCUCUUUGAUGUUUCCAUGAGAUGUUUCUCCCAAUAUUUUUGUCUCCUUUUGAGCAAUGAUGAUAGGAUAUCAAGCUUAUAUACAGUAAGUCACAUUUCACAUUCUCUUUAACCAAAUGUUUUGAGUUAAUCUUCUGGAAUAUUAGAUUUGUGCUGCAUUAUUACACAUAUCAGUAUCUAUUUUUUUGUCACCUUGCAUAGUUGAAAGGUCUCUUAUCCCAACUACAGAAGGGUUUGUCUCUCUUUGGAACGCCUUCAACAAGGUUUCCCCUGUGAGCUGAGCACCUGUUUCCCCUCAGUUCUUAGAAAACUUUGGCUAGAAAACCAUUACAAUUAUACAAUAAUCUUUCUGUGAAGUCCACUGAGACAUCACAUCUGAUGUGAACAAUAUGACCUUUAUUGAUUCAUAACAGGCACACUAAACCCCCCUCGGUGAUGUCUACUGUUUACUAUAGUCCGCACUCACAUAGUCAGAUGAUUUAUCACUAAAUCGACAGGCAGAAGUCAAUAAUGACUUUGAACCAUGAUAACAAGCUUCAGCUACCAUUUGCUGACAAAGCUUUUCUGUGGUUUUAAUAAAUUACUCUGAUGAUUUCUUGGCUGCUGGUCAGACAGAGUAACCAAUGUGAAGACACUGCUUUCAUUGCAAACAUUUUCAUCAUUUCAUUUGUUUCUAAAUGAUGAACAAACUGUGAUUAAUCAGUAGUAGAAAAUGUGGCAACAGAGGUGGUCUGUUAAAAUUAGUAUAACAAAAGCUAUUAUCAUAGAUAAUUUAAUUAUUAAUACAAUCCAAAAAUCAACAAUUAAAUGUUAGAUGGUCUCUUCCAUAAAGGGAAAUUUGCUGUCAAAAAUUUAGCUUGAGUGCAGGGGAGCUCAAACUUCUGAUGGUUGAGUGCAUGAAGUAUGUUACAGAGAGUUGGGGAAAACGCAGACCUAAAAUACUCAGAAUUUGUAGGACAUUUGUUCAGAAAAUAACACGAAUUGUGGAUUAAAUAAAUGUACAGUAAUGUAACCUCCACACGAUUAAGGGCUGCAGAAAAUAUUACCCAGAAGCCUGGGGACUUCAAUUUAAGAACCCUGCUUGUAGAGUAUGGCAGGCUACUUGUUUUUUUGCUUGCCCUAAAUAAAAAGGUGAGAUUGGAUUAUAAGUAGUUCCCCAACACUAGCUUAUGGGAAAUCCGGAAAUAACCAGUAACCCUGUGAAUAAGCGGCAGCUCAGGGGAAAGUACGGAAUCUUCGCUGAAAAGUGAAACAGAAACAAAUAAAAAAAUAUUAUAAGCAUGAAAUUAAAAUACUUAACUGCUUAAAAGAUUCUAUGUCGUUACUCUGUUUGUAUCACGACGAAUGUUGACCACCAAUAGCUAUGCUCCAUCUCCAACUGUGAAAAUCUGCUCCAACACACACACACACGUGCGCGCGCACAUAUACACGAACAAGCGGCAGGUGUCAGCAGAACACACCCGAAGCUCACAGCACAGGUAUGCGGACGCGUCCCUUCUGUAUAUCAAACCUUUUAAACUGCACCGCGCUCGGAUUGUGCGUCUGUGGCUGUGAGGGUUCAGUAUUGCGGUUGAAGUCCUCUUGGUGACGCUCUGCUGACAUCACUUUGAUAUUCCCCCACUCAGCUCUCCGCAUCAGACACACGGAGCUCCAGCACUCUCACACACACUCCGUCCACACUUUGUUUCCAUUUCGCUCCGCUCGCCUUGUACAAGACGCACCGGCACAAAAACACAGCCGCGGGCUGCCUGCGCACUGCGGCCGGUCCACGCGGGGAGGGCUCUGACUCUUCCUGUCAUUAACAGAAUUAAAGCAAAGGACAGAGAAACUAAUCACGGUCCAGACUGAGGAGAGGCACGCUCAGAGCGGCAGGAGGACAGAGAAGCUGUAACUUGGCUGCUUUCAGCGCAGGCGGUCUGAACUGAGCUCGAAGUUUCUUGGCUGAUCGGAGAAGGAAUAAUUUGGAGCCCGGCUGAAACGCACGGUGCUGUUGUGGAUAUUACGUCCACCUUAUCUCCUGUGUAUAAGAAUGGCGAGAGAUUACGCAGCGCGCUGCCCGGUGUAUCCGGUGAGAAACGCUUGGCUGGUGGCAGUAGCGGUCCUCCUUGCAGCCCAAGAAAUUGGGGCUCCAAAAGUGCAAGUUGCGGAGGAGCUGGAGGCGUAUCCCACAGAGUCUGUUGAGCUCAGCUGCCAAUUUAACGAUGGAGGCGGUCUGACCAAGCUCACACAGGUGUCCUGGAUAUGGGAACCCUCCGACGGACACAGGGACAACAUUGCUGUGUACCACCCGGUGUAUGGACAGAGUUUCCCUAAUGUGGCCUUCAAGGACCGCGUUGUGUUCCUUCACAACAGUCUGGAGAACCCAUCCAUCAGGAUUUCUAACCUGAGAAUGUCCGAUGCCGGCCGCUAUACCUGCGAGUACGCCACCUAUCCUACUGGAAAUGAGCAAGGGACAACCACCCUCAUCAUGCUUUCCAAGCCCAAGAACUCGGCCAAUGGUGUGACUGUCCAAGCUGGCACCAAGUCGGUGGUGGUAGCCCGGUGUGAGGCAGCGGAUGCCAAACCAGCAGCCACGAUCGAGUGGUUGGCGCCAGUGGGAGGCAAUCAUUCGACCAGCACCACGAGCGGGCCAGACGGCACGGUGACGGUACGCAGCGAGUAUCGGCUGGUCCCUACACCGGCAGACAACGGCAGGGAAGUGAUCUGCAGAGUCAACCAGAAGACACAGAAGCAGCCUUGGGUUUACCCUAUCAAGCUAUCUGUGGAGUAUCUACCCUCUGUGUCCAUUGAGGGAUACGACCACAACUGGUACGUUGGCCGUUCUGAUGCCACGCUGGUCUGCCUGGCUAACGCCAACCCUGAGCCCACAACAAUCACCUGGACUGCGGCUUCUGGUCCUUUGCCAGAAACAGUGGUGGUGGAGGGCAACAAGCUGACAGUGAGGAAGGUGGAUGAUGCUGUCAACACCACCUUCAUCUGUGAGGUCAAGAAUAGGCUCGGGUCCAGCAGGCACCAAAUCACCACUGUUGUCAUUGAAGAGGAACGGCAACUCAUCCAAGGUCCAUCAACAGGUGCCGUAAUAGGAGCGAUCCUCGGUGCUCUCAUCUUCAUCUGCAUAGUCAUCAUCGGCACAAUCUUCUUCAUCCGCAACCGGCAGGAGGACGCAGAGGGCCCACCCAAGCACAAGCCCCCUCCCCCAGUGAAGGCAGGCAGCUCAACAGAAAUGCUCAACAAGCCAUCAGAGCCUCCCACAGCCACAGAGACAGCGCCUCUCAGCCCAGGAGAGGUUUACUACGAGCCCACAGGGAGAGAGCCUGUCACUAACCUGGAUGAUGAGACCACCGGAGCCCUGAACGGCAGAGCCCCUCCAGUCAAAUACGACAACGAGCGCAAAGAUCAUGCAGCAGACGGUCACCAUAGCAAUGAUUUGGAUUCUUCUAAUCACGAGGUGCCGGCUGCCAACAUUUCUCGUGGUGAAAGCUUUGUAUCUCCUGCCAUGUAUGUGUAGCCUUGGCAACCGGAACACCACGUCACAGGCAUAUGGGCAAACUCCAGGUCACGUUAUUUAGCAUGAAAAGUAAAGGCAAGCACACGUUUCCGCCAUUUUUCUUGUAAACAUUUACAAAUUUUAAAGUUUUAGUCCACACAUGAUGAAUGUUUUGAAUUUAUUUUUAUUUGCCAUUCUUAUUUAGUGGGUGUUAUGGGUUUAAAUAUCUUCUCACUUAAUAUAAAUAGCUUUGUUUUGGGGUUUUUUUGUUUUUUUUUUAAUCUGUCAUAAUGGUACUUGAGACAACAAAGAAUUCGGUCGGUUAAAGUAAAAACAGCUUGUUUUUAUUAUUUUUAUUUUUUAACCUCUGCCAACUGGAGCCAACUGGAACAUCUUGCCAUUAGCUUUCAGAAAACCUAGAGCUACAAUACAAAACAUCAUAACAGACACACGCACAUAGUAAUCCAUGAUAUUAGAAAACCAGAGAGCCAGUGAAAUCACAUUUUACAAUAAUAUAAAAAGUUAAUUAAAUGGUCAAGAGCUUGUGUAAUGCACGUGAACUGGACUACACAGUGCACUACUUCUGUGUAGUGUUAGCAAAUUGUUUGAUUUGCUACCAGAUAGAAUAUGCAACAUCUCGUGCAAUGACAACACAGUCAAAAAAUUAUUGUUGUAUGUGAGGCUGCCAGUCCUGAGCUCUUCGGUUCACAUCUGUGGAAAGUAAGUUCCCCUCUAAGUCAAGAUGAAACACCAGGGAGCGGAGUACUACAGGGGAAGUAAAACAACCACAUCUGAAGUCCUUUCAAAGCACUCCUCUUUUGCCGCUGCUUGAGUUUGAAUUAGACGAGGCUGAAUUCAACCCCAGGAAGUCCAAAGCCUGAUCAUCUGGCUCUCCAGGCAGCUUCAUUAAUCGCUCAAGACAUUUGAAAACACAUUUCAGUUAUUUAUCAAGUCCCAAAAUAACUGUAACCCCCCCCCCACACACACACACACACACACACACACACACACUCAUUCUUACCCAGAUUACAGUCCAAUAAAGAAACAUUCCACUUUAUUAUGUUGUCAAAGAGCCUCAUCUGUCCCUGCAACUGUCAGAGCGACGGGGCUGCUCGUUAGCGCUAACGAAGGGGAAGUGACAUCGUUUUCAAGCUCUGUAACCUGGCAACAUCACAUCAUUUAAAGUCCACGGUUUCAUAUUUGUUCUUGUUAAUUGCGAGAGUCAGUAAGACUGGGCUGGGGAGUGAAGGAGACUAAAGAAAAGCACACACACAGGAGUGCACACACACAAACAAAAAGCCUCCAACAAUUUUUGCUUUCAGUUCUCUAACAAAUCACACAGUUAGAGUUGAGGAAAACAUCAUAAGGAAUGUAUUACAAAAUGUGUAAAUGCUCGGCAUAUAUUAGAAGGAUACUGCCAUUACAGCCAUUUUAACAGAUUAGAAUGGUCAUAAAAUCCGAUAUAUGCAGAUCAUUUCACACAUGUCGAAAAUAUGCAGUCUGCAUUUUAUCCAAGAGUCGACUUGAAAGGGAAAAAAACGUGAAAAAGAAGGCGAGCGACAACUUUGCCUUCAGGCCGAAUCAAGAAUUGGUCUUCACAGAUGUCAGAUGAUGGUACCAAAUCAUGGACAGUGUAAAUAGUAUUGAUAAUAUUGAUGAAUAAUAUAUUGUUGGUGAAAUGUGUACACAUAAAAAAUAAACAAGUGUAAGUGUCAUCAGUGCCUCUGUACAGGGGAUGGAAGUUUGUUAAAUGUCAAACGAGCGACUAAAAAAAAACAAAACAAAGUGUAUAUUACUAUUUUGCUUUUCACGGGUGCAUCAAGGUUGUCACUUAAUACUAAAAUGUUUUUGAGUAUAUAAAAAAAUGAUGUGGAUUUUACUCCGUGUUCAUAUUACUCUGCAUGGCAUGAUCGGUGGCUUGUUGAAACAUUUUCCCAAGGCUGUUUGCAGAAUAAUCUUCAUUUGUAAAAACAUUUCUGAAUGUCAGAAAAGAAAGCUGUUUUUCAUUUCUGUCUCAAUGCAUCUGUCAUACUCAUGCACACCACGAGUCCAAUUUAAGUUGAGAGAGCGGGAUAUUUUUUUUGUUUUUAUUUUUUCCUUUUUUUCUGUCUCACGACGGCUCCGCGAGCUGCCUGUUUUAGUCUCGAGCGCUAAUCUUAAAAUGCAGUCAGCAUGGAAUCGUCGUCUCUUACGGCCACUGAGCCCAGCUCACACAAAAAUACGCCAACUUUUUUUUUCUUAAUCUUGGGUUCUUGCUUCAGACUUUGAGCCGCACAAAUCUUUCAGAGCCAUCGUGUUUACUGUCAGAGGGCAGAGAAAGGCGGGCGGUUGAUAAACGGCAGAUUUGUCAGCAGGUAUAAAAGUUAAUGGAGGUGUCACGUAGACAUAGAUGGAAACAAAAGAGAGAGACAGGGAUACAGUGGUGCAUGGUGAACGUAGAUUGAUAGAAUAAUAACAUAAGAUUAAGGAAAAGCUGGAAGACUUGACGGAAAUUAAAACAAUAAAGUAGAAAAAUUCUGAUCACAGCUUUCACUCUCUGCACAGUAGACGCCAGAUGAUAUUUGUUUUGCCGACAUACAGUAUGACAAUCAUUUGUUUUCUUCAUAUGCACUAUGCUUAGUCAUUAUAAUAGUCCCACUUUAUGCUGCUACAUUAUCAUUUGUCCCCAAAAGAGGCAUGCGUGUUUUCCAUAUUAUGUUUACAGUUUUCAUAAUGCGACAAUUAGCUAAAAUUAGCUGAUUUGCUAGCUACUGUAUAGCUAAAUCAGGCCAGAUGGAGGAUAAAAGAGGACUUCUACAGCAGCAAAUAGUGUUAAAAGUUUUUGUUGCAUACCUACUUUGUCCCACUAAGAUGUUUAUUCUCAUUAGAGGAAAUGUCUGCAUGCUGCAUGGCCCUAUUUCCAUAUUUUAUAAGAAGAGUCGCCCCACAUUAACAAGUAUACGGCCUUUUGACUCGCUUAUAUGGUGCAGUGUCAGACAAUCGUAUAUGAUGUAUUUUAUAGCCCCGACACAGAACAAAACUGUCAUAAAGGGAACUCAGUGUAAUGGUUUCGCUUUUUUGUUGCUAAAUUAUUUUCACAAAAUGAAUGAAUAUUUAGUUUCCUGUGGAUUUAUUGUGUUUAAUGCGUUAGCCAGGAGGCUGUUCUUGAGAGAUUGAGCAAAAGGGAAAAGACAAUCAUUGGGACCCAUUAUAUCAGAGACCAAUGACUCAGCAAACCAUUCAGUUAUGAGUUUCGACUCUGCCGUCUCAUUUAAGGAUCAUUCGGUUUUUCCCAGAGCCUUGCGUUUAAUAGGGUUGCUUCAUUGUGAGGUAUCUGGAAUUAGAUUGUUGCCAUUUCCAGGAAUAGAUAUGAAGCUGACUCAUAAAAUGCAAACUGCAACGAAAAACAUAAUUCGGUUUACACUACAGGCUGCCAAACAGCAUGGGUCCACAGUUACAAGAUGGUUAUCGGAGGUAAGUGCAGUGAUUUUACAUGGAUUAUCUGUCGGAUAAAGGCUCUGGGUUCCUCCCCUCUGUGAGAGGUGCAGUGUUGCCUUUUGGCCCAGGUGCUUUGCUCAGUCUCCCCACUUCCUCUGUUAUUAGUUCAGCUCCAGAAACACAAGCUGUGAAUGCCAGUGGUAAUAUUGUUCAGUCUGUAUUCAGUCUCUCAUCCACCCUCUUUGUUUUGUUUUUCUUCUCCGAUCUCUCGUUCAUUCAUUGUCAUCACAGCUUUUUAUCACGGAGCCAGACGUGCCUUCUUUAUGUUAUGUUUAGCUUUUCAAUUCUCACAUUUCUUCUCUGACAGUAGAACAGAUGACGAAACGGGGAAAUACACAAACACGGGAUGUGUUCGACAUUGAUAGUGACAGUGCUAAAAAAGAAAAAACAACAAAAAAACACUAGAGAUCAAAUCAUCUUAUGUGAGUGUUUAUUGGGUUUUCUUUCUUUUAUUUUGUGUAUCACAGAUCAAUUAUCAUUUUGUAUGCUUUUUGGGAAUCCUAUUGUACAUGUUUUACA